CAGCCGUCACCACUUGCAAAUGGUAGCUACAGUAAUCCGGGAUCGGUCGGUAUUCAAAAGGGUGGUGUAAAAGGAAAGGUGGCCGGAAGACCGGAUUCGCGAGAUGUUGUGUUUUCACCGGCUGCUGGUCAAGGUGGACCACCACCACAAAUGCCGCUACACAUUCAAAAUUCGGCAGUUGGUACUGCUUUACCCGGCCCUGUCCGAAUGGAAGUACCUUCAUCUAGUUCAGCACUGGGACCUCAACAAAUGCAACAGCAGGUGCCUAAUCAACAGAGUAUGCCACCUUCCGCUUAUUCGGGUGGUAUGUACCCCUCUUAUUGGCCGCCACAACAGAUGCGCUAUAUGCAACCAGGAAAUGUUCAUCCCGGCCAUUACUAUCCAGUGCAGAAUCAAGGUCCCAUGCCACCAUCAGCCUUCUCUGGAUAUGGUAUGCCACCAGGAGCACGCCAAAUGAUGCCAACAAAUUCAGCCAAAAUUCAGCAGUCGCCUCAAAUGGAAAUGCCACGUAUGCCUAAUGGGCCCGUACCGUCUGACUGGCAAUCCAGAAUAAAUGCUUCGAAAUCUCUUCCGGAAGCAGUACAACAAACUACUUCUGGCCAGCAGUCGGUGACUCCGUCUUCUGGAAUGCCAGCACCGAGUCCAGGUGGUACGUCUUCAGCUGCCGACGAAUCGUUAGAAGAUUCCAAAUCAUUGCCCGGUGCUUCACCAAAUCCAUGGCCUCAUACGCCGUCACAGAUGAGUCAAGGACAUAGAACCCCGGUGCCCGCAAAUCGACCAAUUACACCCACAGUGAACAAACGGCAAGAUCCAACGUCAAUAGUUGAUAGAUUAGUGGGACCUGUAACUGCAAUGAACCCACAACACAUAAUGCCUGAGAGGAGAGCUUUUUUUGAAAAAUUGGUCCAGUUCUGUGAACAACAGGGCGAACCGAUCACGCAAGUUCCACAAGUUUCAAAGCAAACGGUUGAUUUGCAUCGUCUUUAUUUAGCUGUAAUGAAACGUGGUGGUUUUGAACAGGUAACACGAGAGAAGACAUGGAAACAAGUUUGUACAGAAGCGAAUUCGGAGAUGUCCGAGUCGUCUGCAGCUGAACGGUUGAAAAAACGCCGAAAAGACAACAAGGACCAUAAUACGCAACAAUAUCCAGGACCUGGUCAGCCAGGUCCAGCGGGAUAUGGUCAUCUGGGAGAUCCGAAUGCAGCAUACUUUUAUGGCAACGUGGAUCCGAACAUGCAAGGACGGCUACAAGGUCCAGUUGGUUGGCAACCUCAAGGUUAUCCACCUGGUCCUGCUGUCACCGGUCCACCAGGCGCCACCAUAUAUCAUCCCGGGAUGCGACCUAGUGCUCCAAUGCGACCGCCUUUGCCACCUCAAAUGUUGCAGCAAGGUCCAGUAAUAGAUGAGCAACAGAGGUACGAGGAACAGCAACGACAGCAUUAUUUUCAUCAACAACAAGCAGCAUAUGCUGUCCAGUUACCGCGUACAACGACUCCUUCAUCUACCUUACAAGUUGACAGUCAACAGGGUCAAGGUUCACAAAGUCGAGCACCAAGUACAGGUCCACCAUUGGCUACAACUCCAGAUAGUAGUAGCAGACACUCGGUUGAAGAUAAUACACCGUUGCGACCACCAAGUCAUCCACAACAAGUACCAAAUGCAACGAGCUCUUGUAGCAUCCCUCCAUCUGCACCCUCGCAACAGCAGCCUUCUGUGGCAUAUUAUGGACAACCUCACACACCUCAGAUGUAUGGUGCAGCUGGCUUGCGUCCAGGAGCUGGACCUCCUGGAACGCUAUCAAUGAAAACUGGUGGUUAUCAUCAAACUUUUCCACAGUCUCAACCUGGAUAUUCUCACAGUUAUCAGGAAGGUUACCAAGCAAUGCAUCCUGGCGUAGCAACUCAAAUAUACCAACAACAGAUGUGGAAUUCCCAACAAAUUCAGAGGUAUUCAGGACCACAUACAAAUAUACCUACUUCAUCCUCUAUGGGAAACGCCCAAAUGGGUGCUGCAAUGGUACCACGGGUUUCCGGAACUCUACCUCCUGAAAUGCAGCAGCAUUAUGCUGCGAGACGGCCGCCUUUUUGCUUGCAAGCACCUGGACCAGCCAUACCUUCUGCUGUUUCGGGAACAACCACUCGAUUAAGGUAUUCGGCUCCACCGUCUAAUUCGACAACACAUCAGCAGCUGCAACCACAAUAUCCAUCGCAUUCCAUGGUGCAGGGGGGUCGUGUAGUUGGUGCAUCGUCGAGCCCCUUCCCGCAUAUGGGGCCAUCGACAUCAGCAGGUUUCACAGGAAUACAUGGUGCAACAGGAUCGUUGGGGCAGUCAGCGUCAGCUCUGAAUUUUCUUCCUAGUGGCAUACAUACGCCCAAUGCUGCUUCAGGUCCGGGUGCAGCUGUGACUACAGUUAUGCAUCCUUCAUUUGCCCAGUCCACUCAACCUCAACCUAUGCAGUUUCCGGCAGGCAGUGUUGAAGCAACAACAAUUAGUCAACGAAGAAGGCGAAAACUGAUGAUGAAAGAUUUGAUGCGAGUGAGUACAAAACGUAUAACGAUGGCUUUACGCAGUGGUUUAGAAACGGAAAUAACAUGGGCACUGAAUGCAUUGAAUAUCAUGCUGUACGAUGACUAUGCUCCACCAACAAUAUUGAACCAUACUCCUGGACUUCUGAACGUGCUCGUCGAGCAUUUCAGGGCAUUGUUAUCUCUUCUUUAUCCAAAAGUGUUUGAGGUAGGUGCAGAAUCAAAAGCACGAACAGCGGAUGAUGAAUAUAAUGAGUUUUGGAUGCAGUCAUCAAACAUGGAACGUACAACAGCACCUUCAUUGGUUGCUUCACGCAACUUAAAAAAUGAGCCGACCAAUUUCACAAAAGUGUCACGUACAGGUCGAACAGUGCAUAUUGAGAAGAAAGAACUACCUGAAUGUUUGAAACGUGGGAGACCAAAUGGAUGGUCAUGUGACAUUGCGGAUGAGACUCUUUCAUUGGAUUAUCAUGAAUCGCGAAUGUUAAGUGGACUGGGAGGCGAGACAUCUUCAUAUCUUGCAGCUCGGCUGAUCAAUGAUAUCGAGUUCAGGAAACAGCUGAAGAAACCGAGAUUUUUCGUGAAAGAAGUAAAUGGAAUAUCGAAAUUGAUUGAAGCUGAAGUCGAUGAAGCGGCGUAUUGCAGCAAAACUGAUAAGUCAAUGCGAAUCAUCCCAUCUAAUGUGGAAAAGUUUAAUGAAGAUGAAUACAAGAAGAUAGUGGAGCUGAAGACUAUGCGACCAACAGCACUUUGUGUUCGUGAUGAGUCGCGAUUACAGCUAGUAAGGCGUUGUUUGGCAGUUUCGAAUGUUUUGCGUGGCUUGUCCUUUCUGCCUGGUAAUGAGGGGCCAAUGGCCAGACAUGCUGGACUUUUGUACAUCAUUGGGAGGUUGUUACGACUUUAUACAGACGAAAGGACGCUGAAAUUGCCAGGGUCACUCGUGAAACAAUUGUCAAAAAAUGAGGAAAUUAAUACAGUUCUAGCUGUUGGCACGCUUUCGGAAGCAAACCGUCGUUUGAUGGAGCCUGGAGAUUUACUGGAAUCGGAUGAUGAUAAUGCUUUAUUACUGUUUGAAACAGCUUGUCAGUUGCGAGAAGAUGCAUUUGUUACUCUAGUGCAUGUUAGUGUUCAGCUGGAUCUGAUUGAGUUCGAGUCAGAUGUUGCUUGGCCAUUAUUUGAUGCACUUAUCCAUUGGUGUGUAAGUCAGUGUGCAGAAGCGAAGGAUCCAUUGAUUUCGGCUGGUGUGUCGCCAAGGAAUUAUGCUUUGGAAGCCUUGUGCAAGCUAUCAGUAAUUGAACAUAAUGUUGAUCUUCUGCUUUCUACGGGUCCAUGGUUGCGUUUGGAAAGUUUUAUCAAAACGUUGGUCGGAUUGCUUGCUUUGAAUGAAGAAAUACCAAGCAGGGAGUUUGCGAUUGUUAUAUUAUGUGCAUUGUGCACUAUUUCCGAACCAACAUGCUAUAUUGUUGCGGCCGAGUCCCCAGCUGUGCAUUAUUUGGUAGCAUUUCUUGAGAUGGGCGAUGCAAAUAUGCAUCAGAUAGCCCAACAACACGGAAUCCAGGCACUUCGAGAUAAUCCGGAAAUGAUGGGUACCUCAGUCCCAAUGUUGAGGAGAGCAGCUUCUAUUCUUCAGCAGCUAUGUAAAGUACCAGCUUGCAGACAACAUCUCAUUCGUCAUCAGCAAAGGUUACUGCAAUUCACAAUGUCACAUCUGAUGGAUUCGCGAGUGGGACAGACCAUCACGAAUGUCCUGUAUGCAAUGCAGUACUUUUCGGAUAAAGAAAGGGAAAGCACUGAGAAGGGUGACGAAUCAGAUGAAGAGGGCUGUCAACGAAAAGAGAGUAAAUUAAGUGUAAGGACGAAUGGUGAUGUGAAAUUUUUGAAAAAUGAGCUAGAAUCACGAGAUUUCCCUGAAAAUAACUCCAUGAAACGUCAUAUUGAACACAAUGGUCUUCCGAAAGUGUUAAUGGAAAAUGCGGAUGAUCAUGGAGACUGUUUGAGGCAAAUAAAGGAUGAAAUAUCGCCGCAAGCAGCAAAAAAGCAGAAACUGGAAAAUGGUCUUUUGAAUUACUUACCAAGCAGCAAGGCUAAUAUUACUAGUACUUCGACUCCCAAUUCUCUUAAACCUUUGGUGAAUGGUGAUGUGAAAGCUGCUGUAACAUCCAUCCAAGCUGUUUCCAGAAGCACUCCAGCAACACCGGCCGGUUCGGUACAGGCGGUUGCGUAA